UUCUGAGCCCGCCUCUGUCCCCUGCAACCAACGCGGGCAGGUCUGCGGACUGCAUGGCUUCCCUGGCCCUGUAAACCCGACCCUCCUGUUCGCUGUCCCUCUCUCUCUGCCUUUGCCGGUUGACUUGCGUGGCUUGGGCUCCGCGGAGGAUGGGGCCUCUGGAUGUGUGGGACUUCUCGCCUUUGCUGUCACUGUGGAUGAACAGGUUCUACAUAUAUAUGGGCUGUGCCCUGGGCCUUACCCUUUGCAUCUGUGUCCAUAUCAUCAAGAAGCAGGUCACUCGUUCCCAGGAGAAAAGUGUCCCAGGAGCUCCUGAUAGCUCCCUCUCCCCUCAGAAGAAGCAGACACACGUUUCUGGAGUGAAGAUUUUCUAUGGAUCUCAGACGGGCACUGCCAAGGGAUUUGCAGUGAUUCUUGCCAAAGCUGUCACAUCUCUGGACCUGCCUGUGGCCAUUAUUAAUCUGAAGGAAUAUGAUCCAGAUGACAGUCUGAUAGGAGAGAUCACUAGUAAAACCGUCUGUGCCUUCCUGGUUGCUACGUACACGGACGGCUGCCCUACAGAGAGUGCAGAGUGGUUCUGCAAGUGGUUAGAGGAAUCGGCUAAUGAUUUCCGCUUUGGCAAAACUUACCUGAAGGGACUUCGCUAUGCAGUGUUUGGCCUGGGAGACUCUGCCUACCGGAGCCACUUCAACAAGGUCAGCACGAACGUUGACAAAUGGCUCUGGAUGCUCGGUGCCCAGCGGGUGCUGACCCGAGGGGAAGGCGACUGCAAUGCAGUUCAGAGCAAACAUGGCAGCAUUGAGGCCGACUUCACAGCCUGGAAGACCAAGUUCAUCUCCCGGCUGCAGGCCCUGCAGAGAGGGGAGAAAAAGGCCUGUGGCAGGAACUGCAAGAGAGGGAAGUGUGAGUCGGCCCAGCAUGGCCCAGGAGCGGCAAGGCCUCACCCGCAAGGCGAAUUGCAUCCUGGGGAUGCUGAGGAGGAAGAGCCCUGUGAGAGCAGCAGCGAGGACGAGCUCGGGACCCAGGAUUAUCAGAGCCUGACUUCUGUGGUGGAUGUUGAGGACCUGGGCAACAUCAUGAACCCCGUGAAGAGGGAAAAGAGAGAAAAGGCUCAUCAGGACGGGAAAGCUGCCAUGCAGAGGAACCCAGAGAAGAACGAGGAUGGCGAAGGAAGAGCUAUGAUAACACCUGCUCUGCGCGAAGCCCUGACUAAACAAGGGUACCAGCUGAUCGGCAGCCACUCUGGUGUGAAGCUUUGCAGGUGGACAAAGUCGAUGCUGCGGGGGAGAGGAGGUUGCUACAAACACACGUUCUACGGCAUCGAGAGCCACCGCUGCAUGGAAGCCACCCCAAGCUUGGCGUGUGCGAAUAAAUGUGUUUUCUGCUGGCGGCACCAUACCAAUCCUGUGGGCACUGAGUGGCGGUGGAAGAUGGACCAGCCAGAAUUGAUCUUGAAGGAAGCCAUUGAGAACCAUCAGAACAUGAUUAAACAGUUCAAAGGCGUGCCAGGCCUCAAGGCGGAGCGCUUUGAAGAGGGGAUGGAGGUCAAGCACUGUGCACUGUCGCUCGUGGGUGAGCCCAUCAUGUACCCAGAAAUCAACAGGCUUUUGAAGCUGCUCCACCAGCACGGCAUCUCCAGCUUCCUUGUCACCAAUGCGCAGUUCCCUGAGGAGAUCAGGAAGCUCACGCCAGUUACUCAGCUCUACGUGAGCGUGGACGCCAGCACCAGAGACGGCCUGAAGAAGAUCGACCGCCCGCUCUUCAAGGAUUUCUGGCAGCGCUUCCUAGACAGUUUGAAAGCCUUAUCUGCAAAGCAACAACGAACGGUCUACAGACUGACGCUUGUGAAGUGUUGGAACGUGGAUGAACUCCAGGCCUACGCUGAGCUGGUGUCCUUGGGGAACCCCGACUUCAUCGAGGUCAAGGGUGUGACCUACUGUGGGGAGAGUGCAGCCAGCAGCCUCACCAUGGCCAAUGUCCCUUGGCAUGAGGAAGUGGUGCGGUUUGUCCGUGAGCUGGUCGAUCUGCUUCCCGACUAUGAAGUUGCGUGUGAACACGAGCACUCCAACUGCCUCCUGAUCGGACACAAGAAGUUUAAGAUCGAUGGAGAAUGGUGGACAUGGAUCAAUUACAGCCGCUUCCAAGAGCUCGUUCUGCAGUACGAAGAAAGUGGAGGCUCCAAGACGUUCAGCUCAAGGGAUUACAUGGCCAGAACCCCACAGUGGGCACUGUUUGGUGCCAGGGAAAGAGGCUUUGAUCCCAAGGACACGAGAUACCAGAGGAAGAACAAAACGAAGGACAUUUCCGGAUGUUGAGCUUAUCUGAGUUAAGGAUCUCCAAAGACAAAAGCUACAUGGCCCCGGCAGGUCCUUGGCUGCCAUCACUGUCCACGGGGUAACAGUUCACAGCCGUACUUCAUGGUCUGACACCAGCAGGCAGCCAUGCUGCCCACACGGCAUCCACAGGUCGACGCUGCUUACCAGAACUCAGGCCCUUUAAUGAGUCAGUUUCUGAGACAGUGAAGAUGACAGUCACCUCUGAAUUUUUAUAGUUUGGAUUUUAUUUUAGUAAUUUUCCUAAGUGCUAUCCCUGAGUGUUACACAGGGAAUAAACACUGCCGCCACCUCCUUCUGA